AUGGGAUGUGAAGAUCUAUCUUAUAUAAAAAAUGAUAAAAACGGAUCUAAAUAUAAUGAUGAAAUAACUCAGAGCUUUGGAACUGAUUUACAAAAUACUAUAGAAUAUCUAAAGAAUCUAGCCUACUCUAAAAGUGGAUUUUAUAAUAAUGAAAAUCGUAGGUAUUUGUGGAUUUUAGCAUUAGAUAUAGAUCUUGAACAUAUGUAUGAUGAUUACUUUCUAGAAAGACUAGCUGAGAAUGCAGAUCGAAGAUUAUAUAGCCAAAUAGAAUGUGAUAUUAGUCGAUGUUUACAUAAAGGAGAAGAUCUACGCUCUAAUUUAAAAAAUAUUCUUUUAGCUAUAUAUUCAUUACAUAAACAUGAAUUUUCCUAUAUACAGGGAAUCCAUGAUAUAGGAUCUGUUUUUGUAUCAGUCUACCUAGAGGAUUAUGAAAUACUUCGAAAUGAGAAUAUUCCUGGAAAGUUUGAACAAUUAGAAAAUAUAGACAACAAGAUUUAUACUCAAAUCAAAGAGAAACUGAGUACUAAGAAAGGCAGAAUAAAUAUCUGCUUUACAUUACUCGAGAAAUUUCUAUUAUGGUAUUCUAAUAUGUUCAGCUAUAAUACUGACCAAUCAACUGAAUAUAAUUUGGAUAAUGUACUUUCUGCUAUUGGAAUGGAUUUACUAAGUUUAAUAAAUGAACAAGAUACAGAACUCAGUACAUUCAUGGAAAAGUUAAUAAUUACACAAGAUUCCAUAUCAAGUAUUUUCAUGUUUUGUUUACCUUGGCUCAUAAGCUGGUUUUCUCAUAAUAUCCCAACAAGUGAUAAAAGUAUAAUAUUUAGACUUUUUGAUUUGUUUCUUACAAAUCCACCAAUAUUUCUACUCCAUAUUAUAUCUCAACUUGUUAUAUACAAUAAAGAGGAUUUGUUCAAAUAUAUAUCUAAUGAGGUAGAAGUACAAGAUUUAAUUCAGAAUUGCAAUUAUGAUAUGUACCCAUUCUUUCAUUUUUAUUUUCAAAAUCUUGAUUUACAAUCACAACCUUGGGAAAUACUCAUUUCUAGAGCUAAGAAAUCUUUUGAUAAUCAUAAUUCUAGAUUUUAUAAGAGUGCAAAGUUUUGGAGAUGUCCUAAGUAUAUACAAACUUCAUAUAUUAAAAAUACACUAUAUGGGAAGAUUAUGAAUAUUUAUAAACUUGUUUUAGAAAUUUCAAUAACUAAUAAUAAAGAUAUCUUUUUGUGGACUAUAUUGGGAAUUUUUAUUUCAUAUAUUACAUUUGUACUUUAUAAUUAUAGAACUUAA